AUGGGCGUAGGGUCACACGGUGGCAGUAGAACGAAGGCGAAAGUUCCUAGAAGGAAAUCAUGGCUGUUCAGUGUGUGUUAUUUCCCCGUUGAAUACCAGGGGAUUUUCGCCACACAGUCCAGCAUCUCCAGCAUCUCAGGGGGAUCUGUGCAUCAGUACUCUCAGGUGACCAUUCUCCCCGACGCCAUCCCGGUCUGGGGCGUCUGCCACAAGAAAUUCGACAACAACGUCAUCCUCAGGGAUCCUACAGGAGGCGAGGACUGCUUCAGGUGCUUCCACGUGUCCCUGCACUCGGGGAACGUCAUCCAGGUGUACACAGAAGGGCUGAACAAGUGCUACUCGUCGGAGGAGGCGGUGCUGCAGACCUGCCCGACGAUCCAUGACAUCAAGACGAAGCGAGCCAGGGAGAUCAUGCUCUACAAGUCCCGCAGCUUCACUCAGGACGGGCUAAUCGACCGCGUCUUCUGCCCGAUCAACGGCCGCUACCGAUUCACGUACGACGUUAAUGAUGGCACUGAGUCGACCGUCGAGUGCCCCGAGCCGUCCUCCGAGCUCUCGAACUGCCCGAAGGGGUCGCAGCUGCAGCUCAGAUUCCGGCGCUGUUCCUUCGGCGAGCUGGACAUGGGCCUGCGGUGCCUCGGGGACUGGGAGGGCCACGACGGGCAGAAAUACCUGGCACUCUGGGAUCCUGAGGUGACCACGGACCACCAGCCUCGAUACCGUUGCGCUAUGUACUCGGUGGAGGAAACGACGGGCAGAGUGUUCCUGAGCUUCAGUAUCGACGCCACCUGCACCAACCACCUGCACAGCCCCUGGGACGGAUACGAGUCCAUGGUCCUCACGCCUGUCACCCCGCCCACGCCGCCCGCGGUCGUCGAGACCACCGCCUGCGCCUUCCCCGAGUGGGCGCAUGGGUCGUGGCAGCACUUGCAGAUCGACUCGAAUGAACUUUGGCUUCAGGACGCGGGAUCGGAUAAGAAAUACCGGACUCUCUGCCUGUCCCAGCACGCGCCCCACGGCGAACGCUACGCCCUCUAUUCGCAGACGCAGUGUGGAGAGGAAGAAUUUACCUGUAUCUGGAUCAAGAAGAGAGCUGCCAACGUCAUCGAAUAUCAAAUGGCCUCUUACCCAAGUGACAAGUACAACGUCUCAAGAAUCUGCUCAGACGACAUGUUUCGCGGACAAGAGUGGAUCACGCAAGGACGCCUCGAUCCCGAAAACCACGCCGGGUGUCCGAUCACGGGCGAGUACACGGGCGUGAUUCCCGACGCGAAGGAGCUGUGCGCCCGUCUCGCGUCCGACUGCAGGGACCCUCAGCACAUGUUCUACACGGUGUCCUCCUGCUUCAACUCCACCGAGGUCUAUGAGGAGCGCGACUACCGAUGCCUGGGCCAGUGGUCGGAGGGGGGUGUCAUGUAUACCUUCACACACCGCAGAGACGUCAACAUUUACGAGUGUUUUGCGGGCGUGGUUGUCAGCAACAACGAGAUCUUCAUCAUUGAGGCUGGGACGAGUUGUCAGCGCGGUCUGCAGCCAUUAGCGUAUGGCAUGAAGCUCGUCAGACAAGCCACGUGUAGCGAGAUCGAGGCCCGGGAAUCCACGCCCCCACCCCACCCCCCCUCCUCCUCCAUCCCCCCCUGGUGGCCCCCGACGACGAAGAACCCUUGGAUCAAGAAGGCUUCCACCACCACGGAAACCCCCACUUGGAACAACGAGAUUCCCAGAGCCGCACAUUCGGGCAGUUCGAGAACGACCUCCACGACUUCCUUCAGAUGGCUCAUAACGACGACGACGACCCUCUUGCUGUUGCUCUUGUCGUCUCCGUGAUUCGAACGACUCCUCGGCAACGGUCGUUCGUGAUUUGUUUACAAUUGACGUUCACCUUUUCGUUCUCGUGUCGUGUGUGUUCGUGUGUUCAUUAGAGGCAACUUCUGUCUUUGUGGUUAACCAGUGAUACGUUUAGAGUGACGAGUGUACAUUUAUUUCUUUAUUUUUUUAAAUGUUCAUCUGUUCAUCCAUUCAUCCUUCGCGUUGUCAUGUAUCCACUUUUAUCGUGUAAUCAAAAAAAGAGAAAAAAAUGAACCUUUGUAUACCGUGGAAGUAUUCUCAAGCAGUAUUGUUAAUGUGUCUUUCUUUCUCUCCAUCACUUUUUUUUUUUUUUUCAUCUUCUGUAUGUUUUUUUUUUCUGUCAUUUUCUUAUCGAGGCUUACAACGAAAGACGCUGAGGCUAAUAUGAUUUUUUUUUUUUUUUUGUAUUGCCAAAGCCGCUGUGAGUUUAUAUUCUGAUUUACUCCUGUUGCUUCUAGUCAAAUCUAUUAUUGUUUUCAUUAAAAAAAAAGGGUUUAGUGGGCUUUGAUCCGCAUCUGCCUAUCACCAUCAUCGUCAAAAUCAUCAUCUUUAUCAUCAUCUUCGUCAUCGUCAAAAUCAUCAUCUUUAUCAUCAUCUUCGUCAUCUGUAUCAUCGUCAUCGUCAAAAUCAUUCUAAAAUUCAUCAUUUAAUCAUCCAGAUCAUAAUCAAAUUUACAAUGUCAUUCAGUAGAUUUUUUUUGUUUUUGUUUUUAUUCUUUCUUGAAAAAAGAGAGAAACACAUCACUAAAAUCGGUAUCAAUGGAUUAAAAAUGAUCUCAAAAAUAGGCCUACUGUAAAUAGGCCGUUAGUGUAAGGUCAUUGUUUGUAAGAGCUUUGUGUGUGCGUGCGUGCGUUCGUGUAAGCUGCCUCUCGCUUUGCUUUCUUGCCUGUAAUAGGAAAUAUUGCCUGUGCAGCUUUAUGUGGCAACACUGACCGCGGAGGAACAAAACGCUGUUAUGAAGGAAAGCAUUUUGUUAUUAUUAUCAUUAUCACUAUCACUUUUUGUUUGUUGCUACUUUUUUCAUGUUUUUUCGUCAUUAGUACUACUGUUAUUGAUCAUGUCAACGAAUAAGGUUUUCACGAUUUUUAUAUGAGUAUUACCUAGAUUCACAAGUUGAUGAAGGAAGUUUAAUUGCUGUGUCAAGGUUGAUAAGUCAUGUCAUGUCAUUUUUUUCCACUUUUUUUUAUUGCGGAUGCGCAGAACAUGAUUUGUCAUUAAAAAUAAUUAGAAACAAAUGGAAAAUUUCGUAUUUUUAAAAAUGUUUUUCAUUUACAGUAAUGAAUAUAUUGAAUAAAAUGAAUUAUUUUUACUGAUAAAAUUUGUUAGUGUCAUUAGAAAUAUAUAUUUUUUAUAGGCAAGACAACUCCCUUUGACAGUGUUUUGUACUCCGCGUGUCAAGCACAUUACUAACCUAGGUAUUCAUCAGUUUCUAGUCAUUGUCAAUUGUACAUUUGUGAAGAAAGUUAAUUACGGAAAAAAGAAUGUAAAUAUGUCACAGUCUAUUGUACAUACACGAUAGUUGUUAUUGAUGUAAAUAACACCAAAACACCAGUAUUACAAAAAAUAAGAUUCUUUACCACACCAAAAAUAUUAUUGCAUAGAUAAUUUACAUAUCUAUACAGGUAUGCUUUGCCAAAGGAAAAAUUAACUUCUUUUCUUUACACAAAGAAAUUCCUUUAUCAAUACACAUCCAUGCCAAGUUUAUAUUUUCGUUGUUUUAGUUGUCAACAUAGAAAACGGGAAGCAGUAAACAAAAGCACGUGGUUGCCCGUCCCAGUGAUGCAAUACAACCACGUGACAAAUAUUCAGGAUUUUAGAAAGAAAAAAUAAAAACUUUUUUAAUAGAUUUAAUAUUUUUUAUGACAUGAAUGGUUGUAUUUCAAUUUAGACUCCCAUGUCUCUCAUAUUUUCGUUUUGUAUUUUUUUAUUAUUAUUAUUGAUGUUAUGAAUUUCCUGUUUUCCCAAUACUAUGUUUAUUAUUAUAUAUAUAUUUUUUUUUUUUUGGAUUAAGCUUUAUGUAUGUGAAACAGAAUUUGUAGUUUUAUGCAUUUUUGUUCACACAUUAUUAUUAUUAUUAUUAUUAUUAUUUGUGCAUGAAUAUAGCAUAUUCUCUGGUUGUACAUAGUGUAAAUAAAAUACGAUUAUAAUGUGAUAUGAAAUUUUGUAUAUGUAUUGUGUCAAUUUAUUAUCGCAAUAAAUAAAUAUAUAUAUAUAUGCACUGAUUGUA